AUGGAGUUUACAGAUUCUGAUGAUAUGCAAGCACCGGAGGACUCGCAGUUUUUGGAGACGCGGUUGGAUUUCAGUUGUCCACCACAGUUUUCUCUAGAGUGUAACACUUUCAAAUGGAAAGUGCAAGUCAGAGAGAAAUACAAGAACAAACGUUGA